AUGGAAUGGGAAUUACGUUUCACAGAGGCGUUCCUCUGCUGCGACACGCAAAAAAUUGGUAUGCUUCAGGGACCUGAAUGUGCCAAAAUUUACCAAUCACUUGGUUUGGCAUUGUCAAGAGAACAGUGUAAUUCAUGUCCUCCAAUGAACAAGGACCAAUUCGUUCAAUAUGGAAUGAAAUUGGUUUCUGAACUUCCUCAAGAUGGAGGUCUACAAAAACUGUUCGACGCCAUCAAAAACUCAAAAAGCAACACCAUUGGUGCCGCUGAACUAAAGGAAGUCAUGGCUCUCAUGAAGAACCGCUCACCUCAAGAACUUGAGGGAUUGAUGAAGAUCAUGGACCCGGAUAACACCGGACGUAUUAGCUACCAAUCAUUUGUCAAUGUCUUCACCAAUUGA